UAGCAGGCGCUGCUGCUGUGUUCGUGGCUACCCACCGCAGUUUUCCGGUCUUGUCUAUCCCCUCGUUUUCCUUGGAUACCUAGCAGAUGCUAUUCUUUCCACAGCACACCAAGCAUCUCUUCUCGAAAGUCCGCUUUCAGGUAGUCGGUAAUGAUUUUCGUCUGACACUACAUCUGAAUUGUCGGCAAUAAACGAGGAGGGGAAGCGUGAAGAGCGUUUGUUCCACUGGACAUAAUUCGAAGAAAGAAACUCAUACACAUCUGGAAUGGCAUGAGGAAGGAAUGCCAGUACCAGACCAGACCUCUGACACAGACAAUUCCAGCAUGUUGAGCCCAGUCCUGAACGCCUCCAAUGGAGAUGGAUCUGAGACAGAGACCACCUCUGCCAUCUUGGCCUCUGUUAAAGAACAGGAGCUGCAAUUUGAGCGACUGACGAGAGAGUUGGAGGCUGAGAGGCAAAUUGUUGCCACCCAGCUGGAGAGAUGCAAGUUGGGAUCUGAGACCGGAAGCAUGAGCAGCAUCAGUUCUGCCGAUGAGAAGUUUCGCUGGAACAACCAAGACAGACAAAAGGACAUAGAGGAAGAGCUCACCACAGGUCUAGAACUUGUAGAUUCCUGCAUCCGAUCUCUUCAAGAGUCUGGUAUUCUGGAUUCACAGGAAUUCACUACAGGCGAUAGACCAGGCAUUCUCUCUCAGAGUGCUUUGCAGCUCAAUAAUCAAGAGGGCACCUUUCCCUAUCCAGUCAGUUACCAUAGCAACCAGACCCUGGCCCUCGGCGACCUGUCGGCCACCCAGCCCCCUCACAGUGGUCAGGUGGGAGGAGCCUUACAUAGCUAUAAUCAGGUGACAUCUAAUCACACUGCCCAGCCGGCUGCCAGAGAGACAGCCUCCCGGGCCCAUUCUCGAGACUCCUUUGCCCAGGGUCAUGGCAGUGCAUUCCACAUGCCUGACGCUCAGCCAACAGCCUCUGUACACUAUUCCUGCUCAACUCUACCAGCCCAGCGAGUGAGUUCUCCCUUUUCCAUGCAGGCUUUGGGCUCCCCCUCCAAACUCCAGAGACUGGGCUCAGCCACCGACAUGCCCAGCUAUGCUACUCUGGCACGGGUGUCUUCGCCCAAGCAGUCCCCGAGCCGGCUGGCCAAGUCCUACAGCACCAGCUCUCCCAUCAGCAUGGCGGUAGGUGGAGGGUCAUCCGCUUCACCUCUGCACAUGGCUGCUGGAGCGGGCAAUGUCUCCACAUCAUCUCCAUUACACCAGAUCAGCGCUGCUGUAGGAAGCUACGCCACUCUGUCCCCCAAGCGUAUGCUCCACUCCAACGAUCAGUACAAGAUCUCUCAUGAUCUGUACGCCAAUGCCACUCUCCAGAGGCCUGGCAGUCUGGCAGGGUCCAGAGGUUCGUAUAGCAGUCAGCAUAGUCACCUGGGCUCAGAGCUUAGACCCCUUCAGUCGCCUGAGCACCACAUCGACCCCAUUUAUGAGGACAGAGUCUACCAGAAAGCUCCCUUGAGGAACUUUAACCAAGGCCAGGCCCCUUCCUCUCCUGGUGUUGACUCCAUACCCUUGCAACGCACAGGAAGCCAGAAUGCAACAGGAACGUUCCCCCGUUCCGGCUAUGCCACUGGCCCUGGUGCCUCCACCGCAGACUACGCCAACCCCUACCGUACACUACAGUUCUGCCCCUCUACGGACUCCCCCUACAGUAAACCAGGGCCUGCUCUGCCCCCGGAGGCAACACUGGUCAGGUCACCCUCCAUGGACAGCAUCCAGAAGGACCCCAGGUACGACCCUGAAUUCCUUGACUGGAAUCAAAAUCAAGCCGAGCAAAGAAUGACAAAGGAGUUUGGCUGGAGGGAUCCUGAACUGCCUGAGGUCAUCCAAAUGCUGCAGCACCAGUUUCCAUCGGUACAGUCCAACGCUGCUGCCUACCUGCAGCAUUUGUGUUUUGGAGACAACAAGAUCAAAUCAGAGAUAAGGAGGCAGGGUGGGAUCCAGCUUCUGGUGGACUUGCUGGACCACCGCAUGACUGACGUGCACAGGAGUGCCUGUGGCGCACUCAGGAACCUAGUUUAUGGCAAGGCUAAUGACGACAACAAGAUUGCCUUAAAGAACUGCGGUGGGAUCCCUGCGCUCGUGAGACUCCUGCGCAAGACUACAGAUAUGGAGAUCAGAGAGCUGCUCACAGGUGUGCUGUGGAACUUGUCCUCAUGCGAUGCUCUGAAGAUGCCCAUAAUUCAGGAUGCUCUGGCAGUGCUGACCAACACAGUCAUUAUUCCUCACUCAGGCUGGGACACCUCCCCCCACCAGGACGACCGCAAGCUGCACAUGCAUUCCUCACAGGUGCUCCGCAAUGCUACCGGUUGCCUCAGGAAUGUGAGCUCAGCUGGAGAAGAGGCCCGCCGUAGGAUGAGAGAGUGUGAGGGGCUGACUGACGCUCUGCUCUAUGUCAUACAGACAGCCCUGGGCACCAGUGAAAUCGACAGCAAGACCAUUGAGAACUGUGUGUGUAUCCUGCGGAACCUGUCGUACAGGUUGGCGGCAGAGACAUCACAGGGGCAGCAGAUGGGAUCAGAGGAGCUGGAUGGGGUUCUGUGCACUGAUGCCAGCGGGAAGGAUGCAGAGAGCUCCGGCUGCUGGGGAAAGAAGAAAAAGAAAAAGAAGAGCCACGAUCAGUGGGAUGGUGUUGGACCUUUCCCAGACUCCAGUGACCCUCCUAAGGGACUGCAGAUGCUGUGGCACCCAUCCAUAGUGAAACCGUACCUCACUCUGCUGUCUGAGUGCUCUAACCCGGACACACUGGAGGGAGCGGCUGGGGCUCUACAGAACCUGGCAGCAGGUAGCUGGAAGGUAGGCCCCACCUUAAAACCUUGGUCGGUGUAUAUUCGUGCAGCAGUACGAAAAGAGAAAGGAUUGCCCAUUCUGGUGGAGCUGCUGAGAAUAGACAAUGACCGGGUGGUGUGUGCUGUGGCCACAGCUCUCCGAAACAUGGCCCUUGAUGUCCGGAACAAGGAGCUCAUUGGCAAGUAUGCCAUGAGGGAUCUGGUUCAUCGUCUACCAGGGGGAAACAAUAACAACAGCACUGGCACCGGCAGCACCAGCAAGAGCAUGUCUGAUGACACUAUCACGGCGAUCUGCUGCGCAUUGCAUGAGGUCAUCACCAAGAACAUGGAAAACACCAAGGCCCUACGUGACGCCGGAGGCAUUGAGAAACUCAUUGGCAUUGCCCGCAGCAAAGGAGACAAACACACACCAAAGGUGGUGAAAGCAGCAUCCCAAGUCCUCAACAGCAUGUGGCAGUACCGAGAUUUGCGAAGCCUCUAUAAGAAGGAUGGCUAUUCUCAGUAUCACUUUGUUGGCUCUUCAUCUACAAUCGAGAGAGACAGACAACGACCUUAUUCCUCCUCUCGCACUCCAUCUAUCUCUCCUGUACGGACCUCACCCAAUAAUCGAUCAGCAAGUGCCCCCACAUCCCCUCGAGACAUGAUGAGUUUGAAGGAGAGGAAGACAGACUAUGAGUCCACUGGAACCAAUUCUGGUUACCAUGGAAACAAGGGCGAGCACACCUCCAGAAAAGACGCCAUGGCAGCCCAGAUCUCCAGUGGAACAUCUACUCUGUUCCGAGGUGCUUACAUGUCUCCGGGUGAUGACAUUAAACAUAACCAGGUCUCAGCUCAAGGCAACCCUCCAGAGGCCUAUCCUCCCUUCCAGACUCCCCCAGGAGCCAACUUUGAGGAGCCGUACUAUGAGGACCAAGCACAUAAAUGCCCCCCACCCCCCAGUGACGGCACCAUGCACCUGGGACUGAAGUCCACAGGGAACUAUGUGGACUUUUAUUCAGCAUCACGCCCUUACAGUGAACUCAACUACGAGACGAGCCACUACCCUGCCUCGCCGGACUCCUGGGUGUAGAUGCAUAAAGGCAGGCUGGAGGCUGAUCUAUGAACUCAAUACACCGAGACCAGCCCAGCAUGUGCAUGAACUCUAGUAGACAUCUCUCACAUGUAUACCUUCAGUUUGGUUCAGUGCUCGCACCACUGCUGGCUGCCACUCAGCCUGUGAGCAAAGUUAGGAAAGUGCUGAAAAAAGAGAAGAUUUUAGGGAAGGGAUUUCCAAGGGGCUCAAGGAACAUGUUUAACUGAGUGGACCACUAGAACUUUGAUGUUUUUUCAAAGCAGUGGAGGGAAUCUAAAUGAAAAACGGAUGUAAAUGGGAAAGCAGUAAAUAUGUGGCACAGAGAUGGGAUGUUUAUGUGAAGCACAAGAAAAUAAAGGAAGUAGUUUUCACACAAUUUAUUACAUUUCUUUACAUUAAACCAUGCUUUUUUUGGAGUGAUCUCUCACAAUUUUAGCCUUUAUAUCUUUUUCUUUCAUGUUUUUUAUUUUAUUAUUAUUUGCUUGUUUUUUGUACCUCCUUUUUAACUUCUUUGGUGUAAAGUACUUGUAUAUUACAGAUGUAGAUACAAGGUGCAUUGUGUAUAUUACGCAAAGACUACUGUGUUCUCCCCUGUGGCUCAUUAUGUCAUUUUAUUUUCCUGUAUUUUAAAAGAGAAAGGAAAAUACACUCACUCAACUCCAGCAUUCUCUUCUAUGUAUAAGAUAUGCAGCAGAAUGGAUAUAAUUCAAAUGUGUAGCGUGCACUUGUGUGGAUUUUUUUUUUUCCUACAAAUAACUGAUGACAGAGCAUCACUGCCUGGACAGAGUUUAACGGCAACAAUAAGAACAUUUUCAGGCCUGUUUGUCCAUUUAUUCUCUACUCUGCAUAUUUAGACAAACUGCCCCCCCCCCCCCCCCCACAACCAACCACCAUUCAGGCAUGAAAACUGGUUAUUCUAUAAGCCAUUGGAUGAUCUGUGCUUAGUUUUGUAAAAUGUGCCAAAUGUGGUAAUCUCUGAUCCGAGGGAUGCUGUAGAGCUGCCGUUGAAGUUACAUUUAAUGCCAAGUCACCGGUUGUCAAGUCACACAUUUGUCAAUGCUUUUUUUAAUGUGUUUCAACAGCAUUCACACUGAAGUGGAGGGACUUGGUCUUUUGAGAGCUACUUUCCCUCCAAAGAUGUACAAUUAGUUUACACUGUUGUAAAAUAGGCAUUUGCAAAAUCAGCUUUUUUCUUCCAGAAAUCGGUGGUUCUUAAGCUCAUCGUAGACAAAUCUGUCAAAAGAGUAUGGAUAUAUAUAUUAUAUAAAUAUAAAUCUAUAUAAAUUUUAUGUGCAGAUGUCACCUAAUACAGAAACAUUGCAAGGAAAAUUGCUAGUUAAAAAAAAAGCAUAGGAUUUGUUCACCUUAAUUUCCAAUCCAAAUGUUGACCUUCUGUUGUCAUGUUGUUGCUAUGUAAAAAAAAAAAAAGAGACCAGGGCUCAGGGCACACAGAGGACAGAUGUGAUAAUGCUUCUUUUGUUGACUUGAAAAGGUGCUAAAAGUACAGUAUGCUCACUUUAACGCCUUGUGGUGUUGCUACAUGUACCUUAUAUUAAAGCAGUUUGAAUGUGUCUCAUCCUUAGUGAAAUCCCAUUAUGCCUUUGAUCCCUGCUAAGCAUAUAGGUGCACCUAAAAAUAUUUUUUGUUGUUGUUUUUGCUUACCUUAUAUUUCAUUUUACUUUAACUUUGCUGGAGAAGGAGGGUGAAAACUCUAUAGUGAACAGAACCAAAAGGAUAACAGAGAAGAAUCCCUAUCAUUUUCAUGUGAUUUAAAACUUCAAAACUCAAGUCUGGCAGAUUUUAGGAACCUAUGAAGCGUGAUAACAAGCCCUGGUCUUCCCUUCAUAUUGUUUUAAAAUUAGAGAUGAUUGUUUGAUGCAAGGAUUCAGGAUCUAACCCCCAAACUCGCAUAUCUUUCUGCACCAUUGAUAGUGAAACGUCUGAGAAUAAGCUAAAUAUCUGUGAAAAAGUAGACAUAUCAGACAACUUGUAUUGAAGAUGUAAGUAAAACUUUUUCUCUGUUGCUAGACAGUGUUUGAGAGAAUUGUGAACCUUUUUAAUGCCAGGUUGCAACUGCUAUAUAAACUAAUGGAGAAUCACA